AUGAUAUCAAUAAUGAUUCAUUUGCCAGAUUUGGUUUUCAGACGCAUCAAGUGUUCAAGGAUUUGCUUGAUUGCAAGUAAGAUUACGAAUUAUUUAUUAAAACAAACCCGAAAAGGUUCUGUUUGUAGCUAUACCUAUAUAUUCCGUGAUCGGUGGUCAGAUUCAGAACUGACAGGAGGUCUCAUGGGAGACAUCCGUAACCAAAGCGUGGAUAUAACUGCAACUGGAUUUCUGUUCUCCAGUCGACGUACUAAAUACUUCAAAAUGCUGUCCUGGCAUUCGGCCUUUCGCUCCACGUGCAUGUUCCUCAAUCCCAAAUCAUCUGCAGUUGAGCUACGCAUUUCGGAGUUUCUGCAGCCCUUCAGUGCGACAGUUUGGUUUAUAUUUGGCUCUUUGCUGUUGAUUGCUGGCCUUUUACUCUGGAUGACAUUUCGUCUGGAGCGUCGACUAAAUGACAUAGAUAUCAGACCCUCUCUGCUCACCAGCUGCCUGCUGUCGUUUGGUGCCGCUUGUAUUCAGGGUGCCUGGCUGCUACCGCGCUCUACAGGCGGUCGCAUGGUGUUCUAUGCCGUAAUGUUGCUAUGCUUCCUCUUGUACAACUUCUAUACUUCGGUUGUUGUAUCCAUUCUGCUGGGAGAGCCACCCAAAUCGAACAUACGAACGAUCCAACAACUGGCGGAUAGCAACCUCGAGGUGUCCGUUCAGCCAUUAAUAUAUACCAAAGUCUAUAUAGAGACAUCAAGUUAUCCCGAUGUGCGUAGUCUGCAUUUGAAUAAGAUUUUAAACAGCAAACGCGAUAACAUUUGGUUGCCCCCGGAUGAGGGUGUGCGAAUGGUGCGUAACUUUCCCGGAUUUGUCUAUAUUACCGAGGCAUCCAGUUCAUAUGCCUUCGUGCGGAAGCACUUUCUGCCCCACGAGAUUUGCGAACUCAAUGAAAUUCUUCUGCGGGACGAGACAAGUGCUCACACUACGGUAGCCAUAAACUCCAGCUAUGCCGAACUGUUUAAACAAAACUAUCUUCGCCUGCUGGAAACUGGAGUUCACUUCAAGCACUUUCGAUAUUGGGUUCGCAACAAGCUCCAUUGCUACGACAGCAAUAGAGGUGUGGUCGUGGGCAUGGACUCUGCCGGGCCACUGUUUCUGCUGCUGAUAUGUGCCUAUAUACUGUGUCUGUUCGUUUUGGGUCUGGAAAUACUGUUCCACAGGCGACAGCAACGAGCUGGCCGUCAAUAAGGUAAAGCACUGAUGUUAUGCAAUAUCCAGAUUCCUGUAUGAAUAAAAUAAUCCAUAAUU